UCUUGUACAGUUGGCCUUGGAAGAAAGAGUUGUUCUGAGGAGCGGGCUCUCUCCCUCAACCAACGGUCGGCGGAUCCUGACGGGGGGAUCUAUAUACCGCAGUGUUCUCCUGACGGCAAAUAUAACAUCGUGCAAUGUCACAAAUAUUGCUGGUGCGCUGAUCGAGAAACAGGGAUGCCGCUUAAAGGCAUAAAAGCUAAACUGGCCUCUAAAGGCCCUCCGCAGUGCAAUAUUACAACAGAGCGUGAAAUGCCUGGUUGUCCAUUUGUCAAGAAAGCUAGGUUUUUAACUGGUUUACUGAAUAUGUUUGUGUCAGAGAUGAAGAACGAUUCCACGGGAAGUUCGAGUGACACGAACACUAAUGAAUCUGACUACCAGAAGGCUGCCAGAUGGAAGUUCAAAAGUCUGGAUAUGAAUAAAAACAUGAACUUGGACAGGAGAGAAGUGAAAAAAUUCCGCAAACUUAUACCAAAACAGAAAGAAACUAGAAAGUGUAGCAGGAAUUUUCUCAGAUAUUGUGACGAAAAUACAAAUAAGAAAAUAACUUUAGAAGAAUGGUUAAGCUGUACAAACUUAAGCGACUAUGGCUUAAUCGUUUCAGAGAGUCCACGAAGAAAAGGUAAAAAUCCUCUCAGAGAAUACUUAAAGCCAAGUUAACAUUGAAUUUCGCCCAAUAAAAUAACAAAAACAUUCUGAAGAGUGAAGUACUUCAGUGACGUCGCUGCUUCAGCGGAAGCGUGAAUGCCCGGAUGCAGCCAACAUAUUCCUCGCAAAGCUGCGUUAUUGUUGACCUAUAUAAAUCAUGUGAUCUCAGAAAGCCAACAAUAUUUGUGACAACCUGUGACGUCACCCUAAAAGUUGAUGUUUGCAGCAAUGUCCAACUUAGUCCCAAGCAGAAGUAUUAGAUAGUUAAAUAUCAACUCCAAUCACUGUUUAUGAUUUGUUGGUAAUUUAAUAUUUGUGUUCUUUGUUAUUUCCAUGUCAGCCUAAAUGGUUUAUAAUGUGUAUUUAUUACGUUCUAAUAGUGGCAUUGUUUUAAUUGUGGGUCUGUUAUAGAUUUGGAACACUUAGUAUAAUGGACUUUGUCUGAGAGAAACAGAGCUGUCAGUUAAAUGCCUUCUGUUCGUACUGUACACAAAUUUAGCGAUGAACAUUUACUUUAAUAUAUAUUAAAGUUUCAAAAUAAACUAUCCCAAUAAUUCACAAGCAUGUUUUAAUUGUAUAUUAACGUUGAAAGGCAAUGCAAUUGAGAUAUGGUAUAUAAUAUUUAGUUCACGGAAAUGGUUGUCUGAAAGUUUCCGUAAAAUUAAAACUUUAUGAUUUUGCCAAUCACACAAGGAUCUAUUUAUGAAGAUUUUCAGUAGACUUCAAUUCAUCAUUCUUUUUACAUCCGCUGAUCACAAGACGAUUUUUUAUGUUUAAAAGAAAAAUGUUUACUGUUUACUUAUUAUGUAUUUUGACAGGCAAGAUUCCAUUAUCAUUUAUCAAUAAAAACCGUGCAUUUUUUCUAUAGUUUUUAGUUACACGAAUAUUGAAUUUGGUCAGAAAACUAAAAAUGUAGAGUAUAGGAAGCAUUUUGUUAAUUGUAUGUCCAUGAACAUCUAUUGUUACAUUAUUUGUAAAUUUUAUUCAUUUUGUCGUAUGUACAUGCAUGUUUCUGAACGGGAUUCAGAGUUGUUGUGUCAUAAAAUGUUCUUUAAUUUAAUUAAAAACGAUUGACCAAG